CUGGGCUAAGAGUAAUGUUACAGAUUGGGAGAAGUGAAGAGGCUGCGUAUCGAUCCCGCUCUCUGUCACAGCCAUUGCAGUACAUUGCGCUCCAUAGGCACAGCAUUGGAACAUUGCUAAAAUGGGGAAAGGUGAUCCUAAGAAGCCAAGAGGGAAAAUGUCCUCCUAUGCUUACUUUGUGCAGACUUGCAGAGAAGAGCACAAGAAGAAGCAUCCUGAUGCAUCCGUAAACUUUGCAGAGUUCUCCAAGAAGUGCUCAGAAAGAUGGAAGACGAUGUCCGCUAAGGAAAAAGGGAAGUUUGAAGAUAUGGCAAAAGUGGACAAGGUUCGUUAUGAAAGAGAAAUGAAAACUUAUAUACCGCCCAAAGGAGAAACAAAAAAGAAGUUUAAGGACCCAAAUGCACCAAAGAGACCACCAUCCGCUUUCUUCUUGUUCUGUUCUGACUUCCGUCCUAAAAUCAAAGGGGAGCACCCAGGCUUGACCAUUGGAGAUGUUGCAAAGAAACUGGGAGAGAUGUGGAAUAAUACUGCAUCAGAAGACAAGUUGCCUUACGAAAAGAAAGCUGCGAAACUGAAGGAAAAAUAUGAAAAGGAUGUUGCGGCAUAUCGGGCCAAAGGUAAACCCGAGCCAGCAAAAAAGGCUCCUGCUAAGCCUGAAAAGAGCAAGAAACAGGAGGAUGAUGAAGACGAUGAUGAAGAGGACGAUGAGGAGGAUGACGAAGAAGAGGAGGAAGAUGAUGACGAUGAUGAAUAAAUCUCUCCAUGAGCAUUUUUUUGUCUAUAUAUCAUUUAAACCCCCUGUACACAGCUCACUCAUUUUUAAAGACAAAAACAAAUGAAAUAUAAGAAUGUGUACGUUUUUGUUUUUAAACUGUACAGUCUUUUUUUUUUUUUUUUUUUUUUUUUUUCCCCCCCCUUGGUUUAUUUUCUUGUAUAGUUAACACACUACCAUAUGUGUUUUUAGAUUUCCCUACCUUUAGUGGUUUUCACUUGCCACUAACCUUGCCUGGUAUAGUAUGGGGGUUGUAAAUUGGCAUGGUAAAUUCAGCAAGUUCAUAAUUGGUGCACAGCACAAAAUAGUUUAUAUGGGGAUGUCGUUCAUUUUUCAUCUACAGUUGUUUCCGCAUCAUAAUUGUUGUUCUGUUUAAAUGAAUACCACUCUGUAAUUGCAAAAAAAGAAAAAAAAAAGUUGCAAUGUUGUUGACAUUAUGAUUGCUUCUAAGUAAAGAAAACAAUUUUUUUUA